AGAGCUGGCAAAGUCAUCAGUCUCUGCAAGAAUCCUCAGAGUUAAGAGGCUUCAUUUGCAGCAUGUACACAUAGUUUACUGUAUUGCAUAGAGCAUUUCUUCUAAUUCUUUCUAAGGGAUAAUGCAUUUUUUCUAGAAUGCAUUAUGGUAGAACUGCUUUAUCGUAGAAGGCUUGUAUGAAGUGAAUGAGCUGGAAAUUGUUAUCUGAUGAAAAAGCGGAUGAUCUCCUAGAUCUUUACUAAGAGUGGCAGCAAUGGAAAACAUUCAUAUACAGGAUACCAAUGAAGACAACCCCUUUCUUUGUUUCCAGAGAACCCCAUCCCUCCGUCGAAAGUGGAGAAAGCGUUAUGGAGGGCUUGAUGGUAAUAAACUACUAGAACCAAACAAGGAGGAAGAGACUCAAGAAAAUGGCUUAAUGAAAGAGUCACAUCUGGAAAGGAAUUCAUCAGUGUCAAGGAGUACGGAAAAACAGGAUACCUAUUUACCAUCAAACAACUCCAGUUUAAAAAAGCAUUCUACUCCACAGCCGCAAAAACCUGUCAAUUUAGUAAUACCUGGUACUGCUGUGGUACCUGCAUACAGCAGUAAUGGAAGCCAGAGAUCCUCAUUAUCGCCGGGAGAAUCAGUCCAGGGAGCACAUAUCUUUUGGCACAACAUUAGUAAAUCAGAUUCUUUGCAGCUUCAUUCCAGGAAAAAAGUGGCUGCCGAUGUGCUUUUUGAAAGUUUUGCAUCUGAAGGGAGAGUUGGGACCUCUCAGUUUUUUGAGGCAAUCUGGAGCUCUGGCAUCCGCAAAACUGACCCCAGGAUCAAAGAUUGUUACUCUCUCAUGAGAAAACUGCAGCAACCAGAUGUCAGUGUUGACAGGAAUACUUUCCACAGGUGUGUCACAGGCUUUGUGUCCUUUAUAUUGAAAGCUCUGCAAGGGAGAUUUGUCAUUCCAGACUUUCCCACUUUUGCUGAAGAAACUCAAAGGAUUUUUAUGAAGUGCAAGCAGCUUACAUCAUUCAAGCCAGAACUCAACUGUCAGGAAGAAAACAGUCAAAAAUGGGGAGUGUCGAUUUGCACUGUUGAUGGACAAAGGUUAUCUCUAGGGGACUCUGCUGAUCCCUGCCUCCUAGGGGAAUGCUCCUGGCCUUUGAUGUAUGGCAUAGCUGUGGACCAGUUCAGUGUGGAUCAUAUUCACAGAUAUGUGGGAAUGGAAGAAUAUUCAAAAUACGACUCCUCCUUUGUACUGACUAAAAAUGAAACUCCUCACACUCCUCUCAUUGAAACUGGUGCAAUUAUCAUUGCUUCAUUGUUACAGCUGGCCACUGGGCUUGGUGGGGAAGACGAGGAAAAAUAUGAAACAGUGUUAAAUUUAUUUAGGAGGUUAUGCAACAAAGAACACGCAAAUCUAAAUUGUUCCAGAUACCAAUAUCUGCAAAAGGAGAACAUCCGACUUCACGCCUUGUCAUAUUUCCUCCAAGAAAAGAAAUGUUUCCCAGACAUGGCUGACAUCGGUGCAACACUAGACCUGCUGCUACAGUGCUUAUCUACAGAAAUGACAUGUGAUUCCGGCGCAGUUUUGGCUGCAUCAUUAGCCAAUGGUGGCCUUUGUCCUCUGUCUGGUGACCAAGUCUUGAGUUCUGACUGUGUAAGGAACACACUGUCUGUCAUGCAGGUAGCUGGAAUGAAUGACUAUUCGAGGACUUUUCAUUUCAAGACAUCUUUGCCAGCUAUGUCAAGCAAAAAUGGUACAAUGCAGAUUGUAGUUCCUGGAGUGAUGGGGAUUAUGUGUUGGUCCACACAGCUUGACACCUUUGGAAAUUCUUUGAUGGGAGUUCACUUUUGCCAGGAACUUGUAACAACAUUCCAGCUUCACAGCUUUGACAUCAGGACCCCUUUUCGUCAAGUGGUCACUUACAGACAAUGGAAAGCAGAGUCUGAGGGCUAUCAGAUCAUGAAUAUUUUGCUAGCAGCUUAUCGAGGUGAUGUUUUGUCCCUGCGUAGGUAUUUGCUUUCAGGAGCUGAUGUCAAUUGUGUCGAUUAUGAUGGAAGGUCUGCGCUACACGUUGCUGCCUCUGAAGGGCACGUAGAAGUUAUAAAAUUUCUUGUAGAGAAUGCCGGAGCAGACUACAUGGCCCAAGACAGAUGGGGGAACACGCCAUUGCAAGAAGCCACAAAAUACAACAACGCUCAUGCAGUGCAACUGCUGAAGAGAUACAAAGAACAGCACAGAUCUUUAUAGUGGCACCAGCCGCCAAGUGGAAUCCUCUACUUGAAUGCAUCAUCAUCUUCAUCACAGUGAAUAAAGAGCCACAUGCAGUAUGUAUUGUUUAUACCAAGAAGGUUCACAGUUUGUUCAGUGCGUAUCAAGAUUUUAACAUUUCUGAAACUGAGUAGCUGCUUUCUCUGAGCUGAGCUGUUUGUGUGUGUUUACAUUUAUAGUUUAAAAUAUUUUCUUGUGUCUUUUUGUCGCCUUUUCCUUUAUACCGCAUGCAGGUGUUGUCCUUUCUACAUUUACUGUAUACAAAUGAGGUUGGGCUGGGGUAACAUACCUGAUGUUGACAUUUUAAAUAAGACCCUCAGGCUGAUGUGUUUAAAUAAAUGUAUGCCCUGCACUCAAUAACCAGUUUAGCUACCAUAUUUCUCCAGAUUCACAAUCAAACCUUUUCAGGGCAUAGGAAGAAUUCAAACAAACAAAAAAAAAAAAAAAAUCAAGAAUUUAAUUUUUUUUUUUUUUUAAUUGUAUUGCUCAAUUCACAUCACUUUUCCUGUAAACUCUUUAAAUAACAUUCAGCAUCAAAAUAUACAGCAUUGUCUUACCAACACGCUUCAAAACACUGAUAAGCAAUUGUAAAACUACAAAAGCAAAAAUGAACAUGCAGUAGUUACCUGUAAAAGAGAAAAGAUCUGCUUAUUUUUGUAGGAUAUACAUGUGAAACUGAACACUCUUGUGAAUCACACAAUUUUAUUCCUGAAAGUUUUGAACUUGAAUGUUAGUCUGCUCCACCUCCUCCUCUCACGUCUUCAACAGCUACCCAAAUAGAAGUACUGAGAUACUUAGAGGCACUUACUGGCUACAAACGUACAAAUGUAUCCAAAUGUGAGAUUCUGUCGUUGUGAUCAUUUAUCACUGGCUCUUUGUGUCUGUACUCACUAAAUGCUCUUAUCUUCUCAUCAAAUCAGAGUUGACUUUCCAGGUUUGUAAAGUAACAGGGCAGGGGUGACGGUGGCAUGCAGUCUCGGCCGACACAUUUCUGUGUGGUUAAAGAAAGAAGAGAGUUAGUACAACUGACCUCCACAAAGCACCAGAGCUCUCUCAUAGAUUUAAUGUAAUGAACCAAGUGGCUAUGUAUGGUGGUCCCCAUAUUUAAUUUUGUAUAGUAGGACCCUCUCCAUGAUGCAUGUUAUGAAAAUACCAAAACUUGUAAGAAGUUUGGACAGCAACAAUAGGAUUUUUUUCCCCCUUUAAAAUGCAGAGGAAAUACAUUCUUUAACAAGUCGGAGCUUUUAAGCCCAAUAUUUGCUGGUGCAUGCAACCUGAAUAUGCAGUAUUCAUCUUUUCUCUGUAUUUAUAUUACAUAUAAUACAAUUUAAUUUAACAGCAAUAUGUAACAUACACAGUAUGCUACACUGAGUUUCAAAUGACAAAAUAAAGUACAACUCCGCAGUUUAGUACAACUGCUCUGUAUUAGCAUCGGUCACAGGAUGAGAAUGAACAGAUACUAAAAUUAACAUGGAAACAGAAGAAAAUAAUAACCUCAAUUACCAAAGGUUUCUUAAAAAAAUUAAGAGCAUUGACCAGAUGUUCACUGUAUAACCACAUUUUUGCCCGUAUGUAAUGCCUGUAUACAAAAAAUGUAUAAUUUGUUAUGCACUGACAAGUUAAACAAAACAGAUCUAUUGAAGCAAUUAGUCGGCAGGCAAAGGCCUGCACUCUUGAAAUGGCACUAUAUUUACAAUUUACCAAGGCAGAAAACAAAAAAAAAAAAAA